AAAGGGGAAAAGGUUUUUGUCGAACCCACCUCAACUGCAUCAGACAUAACGGCCGCAGCGUUCUAUAAGAAAGCAGUGGACAAGGCUUUUGAAAAUAAAAACGCUGACUGGGACAUGUUCAUCCGCUUCCUACUGGGUCUCUCUCUGGAAACCAAUCAGCGUCUUCUUCAAGGGCUCCUGAAUACAGCCAAAAAUAACACAGAGGCGAAUAAAGAGACUGCUGAUUACAUCAAAGAGAAGAUCAGAGAGAACACCAGUGACCCUGAUAAAAACCUUAAUCUUUUCUACUGUCUUAAUGAGCUAAAUGACCUCACCCUUGUUCAAGAAAUAAAAAAUUAUCUUCAUUCAGAGAAAAAACCGUUUGAAAAUUUCACUGCCUCUCAGUGGUCAGCUUUGACCUUUGUACUGCUGACAUCAGAUGAGAACCUUGAGGUAUUUGAUCUCAAGAAGUACCUGAAAUCAGAGAAAGUUCUUUUGGGAAUGAUGCCAGUGGUCAGAGUCUCCACCACUACAUUGCUGAGCUGGUGUGAGCUCUCUGAAAAAUCUUGCCAUGGCCUGACAUCAUCAGUGCUCAGCUAUCCAUCAUCAAAUCUAACUUUGUUGGACCUCAGUCAUAAUGACCUGCUGGAUGGUGGAGUGAUACAACUUGCUGAUGGGCUGAAGCAUAGAAACUGUAAACUUGAAAUUCUCAAACUCGCAGGCUGCCAGGUGACAGAGGAAGGCUGCAAAUCUUUGGCCAAAGCAAUUGAGUCCAACAGAAUCUCCUCUCUUAAAAAACUGGAUCUGAGUUACAAUCACCCUGGUGACAAAGGGAUCAGUGUUCUCUCUGCAAUAGUUGAGAAUCAUGACAAGAAGUUGGAGAGAGUGUGGUGA